ACUUGUAUGGAUGGGCUAUGUCACAGUACAUGCCGUACGGUGGGUUCAACUGGGUUGAACCUACAUUAAACGGAUUAGAUGAUUUGGAUGACACCUCCCCCAUAGGACGUGUGUAUGAGGUGGACGUGACGUACCCACAACACCUACACAACGAGCAUAACGACCUGCCUUUCUUACCCCAAAAUAGUAUGCCAAGUGGUUCGAAGGUACGGAAGUUGAUGGCAACGUUCGAAAAGAAGGAUAAUUAUAUUAUACACUAUCGAAACCUGCAGCAGGCGAUUGAAAAUGGACUUAUAGUUGAAAAGGUACAUAGAGUAAUACAAUUCAACCAGUCUGACUGGCUGGCUAAAUAUAUUGAGUUGAACACCGAGAUGAGGAAGAAGGCAAAGAAUGAUUUUGAGAAAGACUUUUUUAAAUUAAUGAAUAACGCUGUAUUUGGUAAAACAAUGCAAUCGAAGAGGAAGGAGAUGAAGAUGGAGUUGGUGUCAUGUGAAAAGAGGUUGCAAAAACUUAUAAACAAGUGUACGUUCAAACACUGUACAAAUUACAAUGAGAACCUUAAUGCUGUCACCCUGGAGAAUAAGAUUAUUAGAUUUGACAAACCUAUUUAUAUUGGAUUCACUGUGCUGGACAUAUCCAAGGCGAUGAUGUACGAGUACCAUUAUAAUAUUCACUAG